UUGCGCCUGCGUAUCCAGACGUGGCAACGGCAUCAUGGCCUCUUGGAACCGCCACGGGAGUCGAAUGAGAGAGGCGAAAAUGUUCAUGUUGGUGUUGCUGGUGUGGCUGCUGCCGGUGCUGGAGGCGGUGAAGGUUUCUCCUCUCAUAGAGAAGGUCAGCGACCACAAAGACUUCAAGAAGCUGCUCAGGACGAGAACCAACGUUCUGGUGGUGUACACCAAGACAGCUACAUCAGGCGACUCCCACCUGAAACUGCUCUCAGAUGUGGCCCAGACAGUAAAGGGCCAAGGGACUAUUGCCUGGGUCAACUGUGGAGACUCAGAGGGCCGUAAGCUCUGUAAGAAAGUGAAGGUGGACCCGAGCUCCAAUGGCGGAGGAGUAGAGCUGCUGCAUUACAAAGAUGGGAUGUUCCACACAGGGUACAACCGGCCCGCCACCUUCAAAUCAAUGGUGGCGUUCUUGAAAGACCCAUUGGGACCUCCACUGUGGGAGGAGAACCCUGAGGCAAAAGACAUUGUCCACAUAGAGACAGAAAAAGACUUCAGGAAGUUGCUGAAGAAAGAGGAGAGGCCGAUCCUCUUAAUGUUCUAUGCUCCCUGGUGUGGCGUUUGUAAGAGAAUGCAGCCCAUCUUUCAGCAAGCGGCAACAGAGACCAAAGGGAAAUAUGUACUGGCGGGGAUGAAUGUGCACCCAGCUGAGUUUGACGGCCUUAAGCAGGAGUACAACGUCAAAGGAUACCCGACCUUCUGCUACUUUGAGAAGGGGAAGUUCCUUUACCACUAUGAAAACUACGGAGCUACAGCCAAGGAUAUGGCAGACUGGAUGAAGAACCCUCUGCCCCCCCAGCCAAAGACCCCCGAGGUGCCGUGGACGGAGACAGACUCCCCAGUCUUCCACCUGACCGAUGAGUCCUUUGACAGCUUCCUGGAAGAACAUCCUGCAGCCCUGGUCAUGUUCUAUGCACCCUGGUGUGGACACUGCAAGAAGAUGAAGCCAGAGUAUGAUGAAGCUGCUGAAAUACUUAACAAGGGCACAGACAGUCCGGGUGUGUUGGCAGCAGUGGACUCCACAGUGCACAAGGCUGUGGGGGAUCGCUUCAAGAUUUCCGGCUUCCCAACUGUUAAGUAUUUUGAGAAAGGUGAGGACAAGUACACGCUGCCACAUCUCCGAAGCAAAGACAAGCUCAUCGAGUUCAUGCACAAUCCCCAGGCACCUCCACCACCAGAACAGUCUUGGGAAGACAAGCCGUCCAGCAUCAGCCAUCUUGGAUCAGAUGACUUCCGAGAGGCCCUGAAGAAGAAAAAACAUGCUCUGGUCAUGUUCUACGCUCCCUGGUGUCCACACUGUAAAAACGCCGUUCCCCACUUCACCACGGCAGCAGAGCUCUUCAAAGAGGACCGCAAGAUUGUGUACGCCGCUGUUGACUGUACAAAAGGACAAAACCAAGAGCUUUGUAAGCAGGAAGGAGUAGAGGGCUACCCAACAUUUAACCACUACAACUAUGGCAAGUUUGUGGAAAAAUACAAUGGAGAUCGUGGGGAGGCGGGCUUCAUCGGUUUCAUGCGCAGCCUAAGAGGACGUGAUCAGGAAAAGGUUGUCAAGAGAAAGGAGGAGCUCUGAGGGUGGCGUGCAGGUGCAGGGAGGGGGAGUUGCACUGCACAGUGUGUCAUUGCACUGUGACCCUUGACCCUGGCAAGGGCCCAAUCAGCACUGACGUGGGAGACUUGAUGACCUCAGCGAAAGGCAAUUUUUUAUACCGUGGUGAUCACAUUUGUAAAAAUACCAACAGAGUACCUACAGUGAGACCGACCACUUCAGACUUCUUUUUCAUGGAUAUUCUGAUGGGCAGAAAAAUACAUUGACAAAAAAAGUGAUUUCUUUUCUUUUUUUUGCCUAAACACUGUGACUAAAUAUGUGAAAAGCUACACCCUAUACGUUAUCUAUGCAAUGCUGACCCCUGCGUAGCUUUGCGGGGGUCUGUGUAACGGAUUGACACCCGUGGUUGUGGGCGUCAAUAGUUAAAAGGUGGAGGCUGCACUGUCUGUCACUCCAUAGGGCUCCAAAUCCAGUCCCAUCAACCCUGCUCUGUCUCUAGAAAGAUACACCUGUUGGUACACCUUCAUGUCAUGGUACACCUUCAUGUCUUAAGUCCAGAACCAUCCAGAAUAUUGCUUUGUUAUCCCCACAGAUCAGUUGAGAGAUAACUGCAUUUAAUAAAGCCUAAGCUCCAACAGUAAAAUAUGAAGUGCUACUUUAGUAAUAAGGUACUGUAGCAAUGAAAUCAUGGCCAAAGGGUCAAUACUCUGGAUGGUUCCUUGCUCUCAUAAUGAUAAGUUUUGCUUUUAGAAAGAACUUAAAAAUUGUUGUUGGCUUAAAACGGUGGCCUUAAAGAUAUCAAAUGAAAACUCACUGGAGUAUGUAAAAGUGGAAGGCAAUCAUAGGCCUGGUGCCCUUACGAUUCCCAUCAUGGACCAGAGCAUGUCAGCGUAGAAGAAAAAAAAACUAGACAUGAAAUGCCAAAUAUUUCUUGCGCAUCUCUUGAUAUUUUCAUGCUUUGUACAUUUCCAAAUGUCCAAAAAGCAACAAUCAGAGAUGUUGUGAUUUUAACAGAGGUAGGGCUAAUUUACAUACAGUAAGCAUGGUAGAUGCUCAAGUACAGUAUGGAGGCCAAAUAUUGCAUGAAGAUCAUAAAAUGUCUAAAUCAUAAAUCUUACUUCUGUGCUCUUAAGUAAUCGUGGAUUCCACCUUAUAUCCCAUAUCCACCCUAAUCUGCAUUUACACAUUGUUCAGGGAAAUGCUGGAAUAACUCGGACCUGUGCUUUACACUUUGGGCAGGGUUUUGGUUUAAAGGCCCUGAACACCCACACUGGUGUUUGCGAUUAUUGUGGGUGAUUGGACCUUUUCCCGGACUGUGUGGGUGUGGUUAGACUGAGUGAUAGACAUCUUCCUGAGUCCAGUGUUAAUGCUGUUGACCUGUUAGGGCGGUACACAUGACAACUUUCUCAUCCUUCAUGGUGGAAAGAAUUUGCGACCUAAUAAGUUGCCAUCAAAACUCCGGCCGACUUGUAACCUUAAAAGAGUCUACUCAGCCAGAAUAACUGAAAACACCUUUGUGGGUUUUCAGAGGCUUUAAGGCUACCCCCGUGUUUCCGCCACCUUUGCUAAACUGAAUGACACCAAGGAGCCAAAAUGACAGUACUCAGUCCCAACUGUUUUGUCUUGAUCUGUGUCUGCCUGCCAUCAUGCCUUGGCCUGGAAUUUGCUCUGCUUGAGUUACCUUGGACAGUGCUCUCCCAUGCCUUCCAUCAUACUGCAAGGGAUUAAGUCAUAGUACACUACAGAAAAAUUAAGUAAGUGAAGUCUCCAGACCCCUCCCACUUCUGGCAGCAUAACACCAUGGUCUUUACUUUUAUGGCCACUAUAAAGAUUUAAAAAGCUUAUCUGUAGCUGAACUUUUGUUUUAUUAUUCAAGACUUUGGUUUCUUUCAUUAAAAAUAAGGUUCUCAGGGAUAGCGAAACACAAUUAAAGGGAACUAGUUUGUUAGUUUGUAAUUUUGCAUUCCAGCUUAAUAUUUUUUAGCCCUAGUCGCCAAAUUUAAUAUUGUUUACAUUUCUAUCCCAAGUAAAAAAAAAAA